AGUUGCCAAUGUGCACCACUCUAUAGACAUAGCGCUGGUUUACAGGACGGUAAAGCCAUUACCGUCCUGUAAACCAGGUUUUCACAUGGCCUUGGCCGUUCUCAGUCUUCUCUCUACAGACGCUUUCGGGUGAGAUCCUCAUCUGGAAGCAAUUUACAAAAAUCUAGAUCUGGUUGCCGCAGAGCGUCUAGAAAAAAAACUAUUUUAAAUCAUUUAAAAACCAUUUUAAAGUGAUGACAAUAUUACAUCACCGUCGCUCUUAUGUAUUGGCAGUUUAAUGUGUGCCAAAUAUAAUGACAGAAACAAAGGCGAGUUGAGUCACGGGAGACCAUUGUAUUCGCACAUUAUUGCCGAUAUUCAUAGUCGGAUAUCUUAAUUCUUGCAAUCGUCUUGGAUGCAUCUUCAGAUGGAUCUGAAUAGCCAAUGAGAUGAUCUGCACGGUCUCUUAAGAUGAACCUAAGAUGAUCUUACAAGAUCGGACUGCGAAUACUGCCCUAUGAUCGAGUUCCCCUUUAAAAAAGCGGCGUUUGUGCAAACACGAAUGGAAUCUUGCGGACUAUAGUGUAUCUCGUUACACGCAAAUACAUCGAAUGUUGUUUUUCCAACAGAGAGACCGUCAUUUUACAUUGUUGUUUUAAAAAAAUUUUAUGUGAAAAUCAGGCAUAAUUGUUAUAUCGCGCUGGACGUGUGCUGUUCUAUAUUCCACAUUAUUUCACUUUGCCCGACGCGCUCGGAAUUGCUCUGAAUGCACCUGGCAAACGGCUCAAAAAGUUCUGCUGCAAAUAUGUACGUUUGCCAGAGUCCAUCAUUUGGUUAACGCGCGCGAUGUCUAGACCAAAUUCACCUAAAACGGACACGACUAACUGCAGUAGCCUUCUGCGGCAAUUUCGCUUUCAAAAGAAGCAAAUCAAGAUGAACAUGUCUGACGAUGAUAGUAACUUGGUAAGUACUGAUGCCCAAGUACGCCGAAAGCGUAUUAGCACAAACCGUAUUGAAGACAGUGACAGUGAUAUUGGUAGUCCAGCUAAGUCAAGUUCAGAUUCUAACGACAAAAAUCAAAGCAAGGAACAUAAAUUAAAGUACCUGAGAACUUUGCAUCCAAAAGCGGACUUGUUGAAACUACACGAAGCACUCUGUGGUAAUGAUUGGGAUGUUGAUAAAGCGGAUAACGAACUUACAAAUAAAACCAGAAAAAAGAAAUCAGAAAAUCAUGCAAAAAGUAGUAAAAGCAAGAGAAGAAAAUUAGAUGAUGAGAAAAAUUCAGAUUUCGAAUCAGAUGAAGGAAAUUAUAAAGAAAAAGUAUUCGACAGUGAUGAGGACUCGGAUGUAGAAAUAUCCGAUAAACUCACAGGUGAUAAAAAAGCAGUAUUGGACUUUAUGCAAACUGCUUUGCCUUCGGAGUUGCUUCUCAUGUCCUAUUGUUCUAAAACAAAAGCUGAUGCUAUUAUAAAAGCAAGACCGUUCGAAAGUUGGAGUGAUUUAGUAAAUAAAUUCCAAAAUACAAGAUACUUAGACACAGAAUUAUUAAAUACUGCUCAGGUGUUAUUGUCUACGCGUCAAGUAGUGGAAACUCUUAUGAAAAAAUGCCUUCGCUUGUCCACUAAUAUGGAAAAAGCUGUGGCUGCUGGUGCUUCAGCUAUAAAGCAACAACCAAAGGCGUUGUCGUCAGACUUAACGUUAGCUCCUUAUCAAAUGGUUGGUUUGAAUUGGUUAGCUGUUAUGCAUGCACAGAAUGUGAAUGGUAUAUUAGCCGAUGAAAUGGGUCUGGGAAAAACGGUACAAGUAAUAGCAUUUUUGACAUAUCUAAAAGAAGCUGAUCUUCUUGAUGAGAAGGACGGGCCUCAUUUGAUUGUUGUUCCCAGUUCGACUAUAGAAAACUGGUGGAAUGAGAUAGAAAGAUGGUCACCUGACUUAAAAGUUGUGCAGUAUUACGGCUCUCAAGAGGAACGUAAGGAAAUGCGAAUGGGUUGGCGAAACGGUGAUCUCGAUGACGUCGAUAUUUUGUUAACUACAUACAGUUUGAUUAAUAGCACUCCCGAGGAGCGCCGACUGUUUCGCGUCAUGCCAGUUAAUUAUGUAGUUUUUGAUGAAGCUCACAUGCUCAAGAAUAUGAGCAGCGUUAGAUAUGAAAAUCUUGUCAGAAUUAACGCCAAGCGUCGAAUUUUGUUAACUGGUACACCUCUACAAAAUAAUUUAUUGGAAUUAAUUUCCUUGUUAAUAUUUGUGAUGCCUUCAUUGUUUGCUGGGAAACAAGCUGACUUAAAAAGUUUAUUCUCAAAAACUCCCAAAACGGUAAACGAUAAAAAAGAUAAAGAGGAAGAACAGCCGUCGUUCGAGAGAGAACAAGUUAAGAAUGCGAAGGAAAUAAUGCGUCCAUUUGUUCUACGACGACUUAAAAGUGAAGUUUUGGGCGACUUACCGCCUAAAACGGAUGAAGUAAAACGAUGUGCGUUAACUGAAAAACAGCGAAAUAUGUAUGACAAAUUAGUCGCUCAAUUUUCAGCAGAAACUGCCGAAGUUUUGAACGAGAACAGAACUGGUAUGAUGAUGCAGUUAAGGAAACUUGCCAAUCACCCGCUUCUCGUGCGUAACUAUUACGAUGAGAAAAAACUCAAGGCUAUAGCGAGUAGACUGGCAAAAGAAACGGGUUACAAACAGAAAAAUCCAGAGUACGUUUUUGAAGAUCUGAUUUGGAUGUCUGAUUAUCAAAUAAACCAAUUGACACGUACGUACAAGAGCAUAGCCGGAUUCGGUUUACCUCAAGAACUUAUUCCCGAAGCUGGAAAACUAAAGGAACUGGACAAGUUGCUACCGCAAAUGAAAAAAGACGGUCACAGAGUUCUGAUUUUUAGUCAGUUUACUAUGAUAUUGGACAUACUUGAGGAAUAUUUAACCAUCAGAAAACAAACAUUUUUAAGGCUAGAUGGUAAUACACCCGUAACUGAGAGACAAACUCUUAUAAACGAGUAUACGGAAGAUCCAAGCAUAUUCAUAUUCUUGUUGUCCACUAAAGCCGGAGGUUUGGGAAUCAAUUUAACAGCUGCUGACACCGUUAUAAUUCACGAUAUAGAUUUUAAUCCCUACAACGACAAACAAGCAGAAGACCGAUGUCAUCGAGUAGGACAAAAAAAACCAGUUACUAUAAUUCGACUGUUAAGCGAAAAAACGAUAGAAGAAGGCAUGUACGAGAUAGCACAAGACAAGCUACAUCUCGAAGUACAAAUCACUGGAAACGAAGAAAAUGAAAAUGCCGAUAAGAAGUCUGUUCUGAAAUUAUUGAAAAUGACCUUGGGCCAGGAUAUUCAUAAAUCUCUAUCAUCAACAAGAAAUAUCAGUAAAGAAUCUAAGAUAGAAAGUGAUGACAAUUGUACAUAGAAAAAUCUAAUUGUAAUAGUGGGACAUUUGUAAUCUAGCUUACAGUAGACCCCUUAUAACACGGAACCUACAUUCCGCGCAAAUGACUCACGAGAGUUGGAUCAAAAGUUAAAAAUUGUAAAUAUUCCAUAAUUCAAUUUCAAAUCAAUGACAUGAUUUAUACGAUGUAUAACGAUUAGUUAGCUGUACGUAUUGUAUACGUGGGUUUUAUCAGGCUUUUUUGUAUCACGUUUCACGAAUCCGCGUUAUAUGGGGGUUUAUUGAAUUUGUAAGAAUAGAAAUUUUGAUAUAUACCAAUUUACACUUAUAUGCUCGAAAAGUUGGAUCUUUGUAAACACACAGGUAAAAAAAAAAAAGAUGGAUGUAUUUUGUAAAAUAACGAAGUUUUUGUUCAGAGUAUACGAUUCACAUACACAACAUAUACAAUUUAUGUACGUUUCCUAUUUAUUAUACACACUGCGAAAUAU